CGCACACUUUCCGUUGCUCCAUUUUUGUCUCCAGUCUCCACUACGCCUCCUACAGUUCGUUACUUUCUCUGCUGGCGUUUUCCGCUUUCCCCAUCCCAAUCCAUCUUCGUUCGUAACGUUAAAACUUCCCUUUGAUUCCCUUCCCCCAUCCCCCAGAGAAAAGCAGAAACUACACUCAGCUCGCGCUACGCUCGUUCAGAGAAUUUUCCAUUGAAGAAAAAGGGAGGAAAAUCGGUUCCGCGGUGGUGGAGAAAAAGAGAAGAGAAUGGAUCUCUGGGGAGCGCUACAAGUGAAGAACGCCACUCGGAGCCCUCUUCUCGCUGGGGCUUAUUCGAUUCCUACCGAGCGAUUGGGUUGCUGGGCCCGCGAGAAGAAAUCGAUUGGGUUGUUGGAGAUCAGGGUUUUCAAUCGGAAGCUCUGUUCCCACUCGUUGAUUGUCAGGGCUAAGGCGAAGAAGAAUAGCAAUAAUAACGAUGACAAUUCGUCGUCAUCUUCUUCGCCUUCUCCUUUCGAAAAUGGUGAUAGAUCUCACCCUGAUGGAGAAGUGUCAAAAGGUAAAAAAUCGUCUGAUGGAAGCAAAGCGAACAAUAGUUCUUCCAAGAAGCCGAUUCGUGCAAACCUGGACUGGAGAGAAUUCAGGGCGAGUUUGGUUGCUAAAGAGCAGGCACACAAGUCUGAGACCGAGACUCACAGUAGCCAGAGCGGGUCACUCCAAGAGCCGAAACCUCUUGCCCUGAAGUGGGCUCAUCCUUUAUCAGUCCCUGAGACCGGUUGCGUCCUUGUUGCCACUGAGAAACUCGACGGAGUUCGUACAUUCGAAAGAACUGUUGUCCUUCUCCUAAGGUCUGGAACCAGACAUCCACAGGAAGGACCAUUCGGUGUUGUCAUCAAUCGCCCACUGAACAAAAAGCUUAGGCAUAUGAGGCCGAACAAUAAUGAGCUGGCAACCACAUUCUCAGAUUGUUCUCUGCAUUCCGGAGGGCCCCUUGAGGCGAGCAUGUUCUUGCUGAAUACAGGAGAGAAUAAGACCAAGCUUCCCGGGUUUGAAGAAGUGGUUCCCGGUUUGUGUUUUGGUGCUAGAAACAGCUUAGAUGAUGCUGCAGCACUUGUGAAGAAAGGAGUGCUGAAGCCCCAGGACUUCCGGUUCUUUGUUGGUUAUGCUGGUUGGCAGCUGGAUCAGUUGAGGGAGGAGAUCGAGUCUGAUUAUUGGUAUGUGGCUUCUUGCAGCUCAAAUCUCAUCUGCGGAGGAUCAUCCAUGAUGGAGUCCGGGAAUCUAUGGGAAGAGAUUUUGCAGCUUAUGGGGGGCGAUUACUCAGAGGUGAGCCGGAAGCCUAAGCAAGACAUGUAAGUUUAUUGAGAACACGAUGGAUAUGGAUCUGAAUGAAAAUAUGGAUGUGGUAUUAAUGGAGUGAAAUGUACAGAAACUCACUGUGCCUAGAUAGCGUUUUUUUAGCUUGUUUCGUCUUUCCUUGGCUUUGGUCUCAGUUGAGUGUAAGAACUUGGCAGUUGCUGUUUUAUGUAUGUAACAGAAUGGUUGCGUUGCAUUAAUGUUAUGGUGACAAAAAAGGGGGGGAAACAGUAAAUCCCUCCUGAUAAAUUAACCUCUUUGGUGGGUUCAAUAAACUCAUUUGUCUGCAUUUUGUGCUGCAAUGUCACAAGUCAUCUCUGUUCCCUUUGGAAUCACUAAAGCAGGAACUGGAUAGUUAAGGGUUGGUUUGGAUAGGUGUCCUUGUUCAGAUG